GAAACGGUUGAGCUUUUCCGUGCUAGGAUGCCCUUACGGAAACACCGCUGUCGCUUCAAGAGCUACGAACACUGCUUCACAGCGGCGGAAGCUGUGGAUUGGCUGCAUGAGUUACUCAAGUGCAGUCAAAACUUCGGCCCAGAAGUGACUCGCAAACAAACAGUCCAGCUGUUAAAAAAAUUCCUGAAGAACCACGUUAUUGAAGACAUCAAGGGAAGAUGGGGCCAGGAAGAUUUUGAAGACAACCGUCAUUUGUACAGAUUUCCUCCUUCUUCACCAUUGAAACCAUAUCCAAAGAAGCCCUCAUACCAAAAGGAUGUGAUUAAAUUUCCAGAAUGGAAUGAUCUGCCACCAAGUACUUCACAAGAGAACAUCCCAGUGAAGCCAAUUGUUAUGAAUUCUGAAAUGUGGUACAAGCGUCACAGUAUUGCUAUUGGAGAGGUGCCAGCUUGCCGCCUUAUCCACCGCAGACAGCUGACAGAGGCCAACAUCGAAGAGAUCUGGAAAUCCAUGACCUUAUCUUAUUUACAGAAAAUCCUUGGCCUUACCUCCUUAGAAGAAGUUUUAGACAGCACACUUAUCAACUCCAAAUUCAUCAUCCAUAACGUGUACAAUGUUAGCAAGCAUGGGGUGGUUAUUCUUGAUGACAAGUCAAAAGAACUUCCCCAUUGGGUACUGUCAGCUAUGAAGUGUUUGGCAAAUUGUUUAUUACAGAAAGAGAAAAUGGCUGUUGAAGCCUUUCAGAUUUGCUGCCUUCUCCUGCCGCCUGAAAAUAGGAGAAAAUUGCAACUGCUGAUGAGAAUGAUGACAAGGAUCUGUUUGAACAAAGAGAUGCCACCACUGUGUGAUGGGUUUGGCACCCGGACACUGAUGGUUCAGACAUUUUCUCGCUGCAUCUUGUGUUCCAAGGAUGAAGUUGACCUGGAUGAAUUAUUAGCUGCUAGGUUGGUGACAUUUCUGAUGGACAAUUACCAGGAGAUUCUGAAAGUUCCUGCAGCCUUGCAGACCUCUAUAGAGGAGCGUGUGGCUCACCUUCGAAGAGUUCAGAUAAAAUACCCAGGAGCUGAUAUGGAUAUCACUCUAUCUGCCCCAUCCUUCUGCCGUCAAAUUAGUCCAGAGGAAUUUGAAUACCAAAGAGCACACGGCUCUCAGGAGCCUCUCACAGCUUUGUUGGAGGAUGUCAUAACAGACACCAAACUCUCCAGCAAGGAGAAGAAGAAAAAGUUGAAACAGUUUCAGAAAUCCUAUCCUGAAGUUUAUCUACAACGAUUUCCUACACCAGAAAGUGAAACACUUCUGUUUCCUGAAAAACCUAAACCAAGACCACCACUACUGAUUUGGGCACUAAGAAAGCCUUUCCAACCAUUUCAAAGAACUAGAAGUUUUCGAAUGUGA